CGCGACUCCUCCAGCAGCGCAUCUGCAGCAACUCACCUGUGUGUGUGUGUUUAUAUAUGUAUAUGUGCGUGCGCGUGCGUGUGUGCGUGUGUUACUCAGUGCACGGACUCAACCUGGACACACGUUUGAAGGAGAUCCUGCCCUCAUAUGCAGAGGCAGAGAUAAACCAAUGAGGAGGCUGCAGCAGCACAACAAUAGCUGUCCACUCUGUGACUAAUCUGUUGAGCUGAAGUAUCUUCUGUUAUCAUGGCGAAGAGCCCGGAGGUUAAAGUGGCAGUUUUUGGAAGAGCUGGAGUGGGGAAAUCAGCAUUGGUGGUGAGGCUCCUGACCAACCGUUUCAUCUGGGAGUAUGACCCCACGCUAGAGUCAACAUACAGACAUCAAGCCAGUGUUGAUGAUGAGAUGGUCAGCAUGGAGAUUCUGGACACAGCCGGACAGGAAGACUUGCUGCAGAAGGAGGGUCACAUGCGUUGGGGUGAUGGAUUCGUGCUGGUUUAUGACAUCACCGACCGGAGCAGUUUUGAGGAUGUGGCUCCACUGCGCAGCCUGCUUGAGGAGGUGCGGAAGCCACGCCACGUGCCCCUGGUGCUAGUAGGCAACAAAGCCGACCUGGAGCAUGCGCGUCAAGUGGCCACAGAGGAGGGCGAACGUCUGGCCGCUGACAUGGCGUGUGCUUUCUACGAAUGCUCAGCAUGUUCAGGCACGGCAGGAACCUCAGGCACCGCCGGCACCGUGGCUGAGGCCUUCCACGAGCUGUGCCGUGAGGUGCGCCGUCGCCGUGCUGUCCAGGGAAAAAGCCGGCGCCGUAGCUCCACCACUCACGUCAAGCAGGCCAUCAAUAAGAUGCUCACCAAGAUCAGCAGCUAGGGAGAGACGAAGAGAGGAGGACAGAGCGACUACAGGAAACGGGGGGAGAGGGUGGGGGUUGUGAGCUAAAUCACUACUGUCUGAAGAGCUGGGUUUGAUUGGCUCUGCCAAAGAAUUUUCACCAAAAAGUGAACGCUUUGCUGUGCUGUUCUGGAUGAAGAAAAUAAACUAUUACUCAGUCACUUUUUUCUUAACAUGCCAUCAGCAUACAUUCUGAAUACACUCAAACAAAACUUUACAAGACUGUGAAAAGUGUAGACAACAAAACAAGGAGAUCUGACGUGUGUACACAAGGUAGAGAAGUAGAAAGAAGUCGACUGAUUAGAGUACAGUACUACACGUAACAGCAGCAUCAGAGUACUCUUUCAAGCCUUUUCUCUUUUAGCGAAACACACAGAUUUUUCAUCGUGUCUUGUGCCAUCGCUUGUAUCAUACAGGAAUGUUUUCAUGCUCCAAGGCCUUCCCUGUGUAUAUUUGUUCUUCAGGCUAUAAUGAUUAUCAGAGUGACAGAUUGCAUUCGCUCUUUUGCCUGCUCGCUGCAUGUUGACCCUUUUGAAACAGUUAUCAAAUAAAUCCUUGUCCGCCCUCAUAAUAAAGCCAAAUGCCUUUUUUUAAUCAUAAAUAUUUCCCGGUCCUCCUCUCCAAACAUCUUGGAACAUGAUUAUUCUGAAGAUUAUAUCUUAACCGUGGGCAUUUUUUUCUCUGGAAUGGAGUGCAGCAGUAAAAGAUGGGCCUUGAAGCAGCCGGUGUUUUUGUUUUUUUGUUGUUUUUUUUGAGAGCCUUUCCUCAAAGAGUGUUUCUGCUCUUAUCACUUGCAUGUUACAACCCACAUGGACUUGUUUAUCCAUCGCUUCUCUUUCUCUGACCUUGUACAUUCUUUCUGGAGAUAUUUAAAAAUAUACCUUUAAUUCUGUAUAAUGUACAGUAUAUAACUGCCUUAAUAUCUUAAAAGAAUCAUUAGAUAACGUGUACAGUAAAUCUGUUUAUUACAGCUAAGUAGCCAUGGAAGUAACAUGCUAGCAAGUAGUAACAUGCUAGCAUGUUUCAGGCCAGGUUUAUAAAUGAAUAAACAGUCAUAUAUUGUAAUAUAACGAGCGGCGUGUGUCUUUCUUGCUGUGCACUAAAUAAAGCUGACAGAAAAGUAUACAUAAAUGUCAU